CUCACACUGAACGCUGCACACUGACGCAGGCUCGCUAACAGGGCACGACCUCAUGGCGCUCUUCCCGCCUCCUUCGCCAUGCGCCGGCCUUCUUCGCUCACCGACGAGCGACUUCUUCCGGCAGCAAGAGCGCGACUACUUUGCGCGAAAGGGCAAGGAGAUCGUACCCAUGCCGCAUGAUGAUGUUGGUGUGGGCGUGGACGUGCACGACCGUGCCGUCCCGCGGUCAGAGCCUGAUGAGGUGAAUCCAUCUGCGUUGAUUGUACACCGUUGGAGCCCCAACCAAGAGCUUCGCCAAGCACGCUUCACCAGGGAUGCCGGCUUGAACAAGUACGAUGCUAGGAUAGCGUUCGCAGGUUCGUCAAAAUCGUCGACACCACAUCAACCACCACAUCCUGUGAAUACUGCCACCCGAGCGUCCGGACCGCCUGAUGUCACAGACACUAAGCAUUCAGCGCUCAAGAGGAGAGACCGCGGCCCCCUAGAUCAAGCGGCAUUAACAUACAAGAAAAUAAUAAUCCUCGAGGAACCUCCAAGAGAGCCUGCGAAGGAAGUCUCUGCAUCUUCCGUGUACGAAGAGCUACGGCGGAGACAGCGCCGUCGCCGCCAACGACGCGGCCAGUGCGUACCUUUGAGCGGGCAGAUCGCGGUGAUUUCUUGACUACGACUAUGGACUUUGACAAUGUAAUCUACGCGCAUUUAGUUCUUGCUCAUCUUGCUUGCUGUUGUGUCCCAUGGACGGUUUGUGUAUGCCAUCAUCAUUAUAGUUCUCCUCAAUUUAAUGAAAGUUCUAUGUACG